UGAAUUUACAACGAUGGCCUCUUCUACAAUUGAAUCAACAUCAACAUCAGCAGAGACAGAAACAAGCACAACAACUGCAACUGCAUCGACUACGUCCGCCAUUAGCAGCGAAACAACAGAUCCAACAAUUUCUGCAACCACAGAAGAAAGCACGUCCACAGACCAAAGUACAAUGAUGACCUCUUAUACAACAGAAUCAACAUCAACAGAGACAGAUUCGACAAUUUCUACAACCACAGAAGAAAGCACAUCCACAGACCAAAGUACAAUGAUGACCUCUUAUACAAGUGAAUCAACAUCAACAGAGACUGGUUCGCCAAUUUCUGCAACCACAGAAUUAAGCACAUCCACAGACCAAAGUACAAUGACAACCCCUUAUACAACUGAAUCAACAUCAACAGAGACAGAACCAAGCACAACAACAGCCACUGCAUUGACUACGUCCGCCACCAGCAGCAAAACAACAGAUUCAACAACUUCUGCAACCACAGAAGAAAGCACAUCCACAGACCAAAGUAUAACGAUAACCUCUUAUACAACAGAAUCAACAUCAACAGAGACAGGUUCGCCAAUUUCUGCAACCACAGAAUUAAGCACAUCUACAGACCAAAGUACAAUGACAACCCCUUAUACAACUGAAUCAACAUCAACAGAGACAGAACCAAGCACAACAACUGCCACUGCAUUAACUACGUCCGCCACCAGCAGCAAAACAACAGAUUCAACAACUUCUGCAACCACAGAAGAAAGCACAUCCACAGACCAAAGUAUAACGAUAACCUCUUAUACAACAGAAUCAACAUCAACAGAGACAGAACCAAGCACAACAACAGCCACUGCAUUGACUACGUCCGCCACCAGCAGCAAAACAACAGAUUCAACAACUUCUGCAACCACAGAAGAAAGCACAUCCACAGACCAAAGUAUAACGAUAACCUCUUAUACAACAGAAUCAACAUCAACAGAGACAGGUUCGCCAAUUUCUGCAACCACAGAAUUAAGCACAUCCACAGACCAAAGUACAAUGACAAUCCCUUAUACAACUGAAUCAACAUCAACAGAGACAGAACCAAGCACAACAACAGCCACUGCAUUGACUACGUCCGCCACCAGCAGCAAAACAACAGAGCCAACCACAACUACUACUGCACUUACAACCACUCCCACCACAAGCAGCAAAACAACAGAGCCAACCACAACUACUACUACAGCUACAACCCCUCCCACCACAAGCAGCACAACAACAGAGCCAAGUACAACUACUACUACAACUACAACAACUCCCGCCACAAGCAGCACAACAACAGAGCCGACCACAACUACUACUACACCUACAACCACUCCCACCACAAGCAGCACAACAACAGAGCCAACCACAACUACUACGCCUACAACCACUCCCACCACAAGCAGCACAACAACAGAGCCAACCACAACUACUACUACACCUACAACCACUCCCACCACAAGCAGCACAACAACAGAGCCAACCACAACUAUUACUGCACCUAUAACCACUGUCAUGACAAGCAGCAACACAACAGUUUUAGAUGCAUGUCGUAAUGGAGACAAUCCAUGUCAGCAUUUUUGCAGAGAUAGUAGGUUUGGAAACAUCAAAGGCUUUGAAUGUCAAUGUGCCGGCGGCUUUCGAUUAAGUUCCAAUGGUUAUGAUUGCAUAGACAUAGAUGAAUGUUCAUCUAACCCAUGUAUGAAUGGAACAUGUUCAAAUAUACGAGGAAGUUACCAAUGCGAAUGCCGAAGUGGAUUCACAGGGACGCACUGUGAAAUUGAUAUUGAUAACUGUAUCAGCCAACCAUGUCUGAAUGGAGCGACCUGUAUUGAUCAGAUAGAUGGCAUUCAAUGCGUCUGUUUACCUGGAUAUAACAAUCGAUAUUGUCAAAGUGUAAUUAGUAAAUGUGCUAGCAAUCCAUGCCAAAAUGAAGGUUCCUGCCAGGACCGAAUUAACAACUAUACAUGCAUAUGUCCUGAUAAUUGGAAAGGUCAAGACUGCACAAGAGAUGUGGAUGAGUGUGCUAUAAAUACUCACAACUGUGAUCGGCGUGCUGGAAUCUGUACAAAUACAUUUGGAUUGUUCAGAUGCUCCUGCAGGGAAGGGUACGAAGGUGAUGGAUUAAUUUGCAGAGAGAAACGACUAUUUGAUUAUGGAACAUCAUUUGGAGAUACAAAAAUCAACAGAAAGGCAUUGGACGUUAAUUCUCCGAUCAUCAACAUCCCAAAUGGCUUUCCAUUUGAUAAUGUAUUUUAUUACAGAUUAUAUUUUUCAGAUAACGGGCUGAUUGUAUUUCAACGCAAGAAUUAUUAUGUGCAAUUGAUAUAUUCAUAUCCAUUCAAUGAAUUCAAUCGGUUUUUGCCCAACACGCCAUCAAUGAUUGCUGUAUUCUGGGAUGAUGCUGACUUGAGAAGAGGAACAGGAUGUAUGUACUAUCAGGCAUUUAAUUUUCAAGUCAAGAAAGAUAUUCACAGUCAGAAUUUUAAGGAAACACUUAAGACAGUAGUCAAUGAACUUUAUGUAUCAGAACUUGGCAUCUUGAGCUUUGAACCUACAUGGGCACUGAGGAUCACCUGGGAAAAUAUACUUCCGUUCACUGGAUAUACCAAUGAAGACGCUCAAGAGACCAAUACGUACCAAGCAACUUUAGUAACUGAUGGUAUAUUCUCCUUCUGCUUAAUUCAAUUCAAAGAUGGUGGAAUGAACUGGAAAUAUUUAGCAAGACCGAAAGGACAACCUAAUGCCUUGAUGGGAUUUUACAGUGAAACAGCAUCCUUAUUUUUUAAUGGCCCGAACACCAGAUCUGGUGCAUUAGUUGAGCAAAUCUACCGUCCAGAUCAAUAUCCUGGCCAUAAAACAAAUAAAAAUGGACGCGUAGCCUAUCGUUUGGAAAAAAAUGAUAUCAAUACCAGAAACCCAAGACAAAAAUGUAUUGAUUGGUAUUUACACGAACCUUUCCCAUAUUGGAGCUUCUUCAAUUCGCCUUGUCCCUGUUCAUUUUGGCAAGCAUUUUUUGAUAAUGCCUUUGUAUUUGGAAACGUUAUCCAAUUUUAUGGAUUUGAAGUGAAAAGACCUCAAGGUAAUCAUUCAUUAUAUUAUUUAGUAUAUUUGUAAUCAGAAAUAUUAGCAGAAAUGCUGAACAGCAGAAAACAUCCAAAAUCUGGGUUUGCCACUUGCAAUAUCUUAGGUUUGUGCACUUUCUGAAUGUUCCAGCAUUUAAUAGAAUGUAUUUGAGCCUUCAUGCUCAAUAAAUUAAUUUGUGUUAUUCUUAAGUCAAAUUUACAUUCACGUCAUUUGCUUUUA